AUGUCAAUCAUUCCUCCAACUAAAACGUUCACUCCUGGACUGGAGUUUACAAAGAAGAAUUAUAUCGACCCAGAAGUUGAAUUCAAUAAGAACUAUAUUUCUGCAAUUAAAAUCGUGAGAGAAAAGCUUGCUUCUUUUAGAGAAUUGAAAGCAAUUUUACAGCUCAGGUUUGGGGAUGAGAAUCACUCCAAGCCUCCGAUUUUCGUUGAUGCGCGCGGAAACGAAGCGCAACUACUAGACUCGUUACCGAAUGACAUCCAGCCGGAUGUACAGACAACUAUAAAGCCUGAAUAUUUGAUAAGAUUUCAUGAAGGCACUCUAGAUCCUCGGUUGGGAUUGUUUCAGGAUGCUCGGCUCUACGAACCAUCGAUCCCCAGAGGCGACGUCCCAAAGCUGAUUCGUUUCGCCGAUCUAUUGAACAAGACACCAACGCUGCCACUCGAGCACACCAUCAAUUCCAGCAGAGUUGGCCUUCCAAAGCCUACAAAGUAUAUUGAAAAGGUUAAAAAAGACAUUGUUGAGUUUGGCUAUGGCCUCGUGAAGGACGCUUUGUCAGCGACUGAAGUCGAGAUCAUCAAGAAGGCUGUUCUUGAACAAGCUGCUGGGGAGCGUCAAGCAGGUGUUGCUGCGCUUGAUGGUGGCCCUGAAAGGCCAAAUCAACGAGUAUGGAACUUAAUAAACAAAGGAGAUGAGUUCAUAGAUCUUCUAAACCACCCACUCAUAGAUGCCAUUAUUCCGUGGUUCUUGGGCGAUCAUGCUCAUAUCUCUACUUUAUCCGCAAAUAUAGCACGCCCAGGAAACACGCCUAUGCAACUUCACACGGAUCAGUCGUCCAAAACGCCACCGCAGCGCAACAUGGCACUUGGAUUGAAUAUCUCUUUCUACCUUGUAGAUGUCACUGACACUAACGGGGCAACACGUGUCUAUCCAAGAUCACACAAUGGGAAUAUAGCAGCAAGUAAUAUAUGGACCGUGGAGGGUUCUGUUCCUGUUGAGGGACCGGCGGGAACCGCGAUUGUAUUUGACAAUCGUUUAUGGCAUACAACCGGACCUAAUCGUGCCAAAGAAGACGAUGUUACCAAAGAACGCCCUGUAAUACUGCUACACUUUGUACGCUCGUUUGUGCGUGCCGGUGAAAAUCACUAUCUCUCAAUGCGCAAAGAUGUCGAGGCCAAGUUGCCAGACCGACAAAAGGCUUUUUUUGGUUUCCGCAAGAUUCCUGGCAUUGGAUCAGUGGAGGGGUCUACUACGGUUGACUUUGUUAGUCGAAAAGAGGAUGCCAUCGGCGUUAUGCGAGCACUGCCUUAG